AGCCACGUGAGUCGUGACUAUAUUGUUUAUAGCUAUCCAAAAAAUGGAGGGUGUUUAGGCAACGGACAACCGCCGUUUAUUUCUGCCAAAACAACCAAACUAAUGUCACAUAUCUCUCCCAUCAUGCUUUCCAGAUCGCUCAUGGGGAUCUGUACUCUUUCUUCCACUCACUCACCCAAUCCUUAUUAGACCUUCUUUUGCUUCCUAAUUUCUCCAACAAUCAUCGCUUUGCUCUUUCACUCUUUUCUCUUUCAUGGAUUCUCUGCGUGCAUUGCACAACGCUAAAUAUGCAUACCCAUACCGCCAUAUUCCGAGCGCCAGGCGCACAAGUCUGGGAAAACUGAAAUUCAGUGAGCCCAGAUUGAUAUUGGAGCCCCAAGGGAUUCCGGGCUCCAUAAUGAACCGACCAACAAGAGGACUUUCCUCUCGAACAAUAUGCGCUGUAUCUUCUGUUGAAACCAGGGAGGUAGAGAAGAAAGGAAAGGAAAAAAGAUCAGCUCAUGAAAAUUUGAAGCUGAAGAUUUGGCUUGAUCACCAAGUUGAAUACGGUGAGCACAUUGCGAUUAUGGGAUCAACAAAAGAACUGGGGUCAUGGAAGAAGAAUGUGAUGAUGGACUGGACAGAAAAAGGUUGGGUUUCGGAAAUGGAAUUAAAGGGGGGUGAGCCUGUAGAAUUCAAAUUUGUAAUUGUUGGAAAGGAUAAGAAUCUACUUUGGGAAACUGGGGAUAACCGGGUCUUGAAACUUCCAGCAGGAGGAAGUUUUAAGAUGGUUUGUCAAUGGAACGUGACAGAUAAGCCUCUGGAAUUGUUGCCUUUGGAUUCAGAAGGGGAGUAUGAAGCACAAGUGCUUGCUGACAAUGGACCUGUAGUUACUAAAGAUUCUACCGACCCGGACAUGCAGGUGAGUGCUUUUGUGGAGCAGUGGCAAGGGAAGGCUGUAUCCUUUGUCCGUUCAAACGAUCAGCGGGGCAUGGAAAAGAAUAGGAAGUGGGAUACAUCAGGUCUUGCAGAGAUUCCGCUAAAGCUAGUGGAAGGCGACAAGAAUUCUCAAAAUUGGUGGCGAAAGCUUGAAGUUGUGCGUGACCUAAUUGUUGAGAAUGUGGAAAGCACACAUCGCCUGGAGGCUCUUACAUAUUCAGCUAUAUAUCUGAAGUGGAUAAACACCGGGCAAAUUCCUUGUUUUGAAGAUGGUGGUCAUCAUCGGCCAAAUAGACAUGCUGAAAUUUCCAGGCUUAUAUUUUGUGAACUAGAAAGAAUCUUGGGCAGGAAAGAUGCAACACUUCAGGAAAUACUUGUAAUCCGCAAGAUCCAUCCAUGUUUGCCGUCUUUUAAAGCAGAGUUUACUGCAUCUGUCCCUUUAACAAGAAUCAGAGAUAUCGCUCAUAGAAAUGACAUCCCUCAUGAUCUUAAGCAAGAAAUCAAACAUACAAUACAAAACAAGCUUCAUCGGAAUGCUGGCCCGGAAGAUUUAGUUGCAACCGAACUUAUGCUUGAAAGGAUAACUAAAAAUCCUGGAGAAUAUAGUGAAGCAUUUGUUGAACAGUUCAAGAUAUUCCAUCAUGAACUAAAAGAUUUCUUCAAUGCUGCAAGUCUUGAAGAGCAACUGGAAUCUAUACGAGAGUCAUUGGAUGAAAGAAGCUUAUCAAUUCUUUCAUUGUUCUCCGAGUCCAAAAAGGCCUUGGAUGAAAUGGGUGAAACAAGCAAUGCUUCUGAGAGUGGAGUAAUUGCACUUCUAGUGAAUACAUUACAAUCUUUAAAUGCCCUCCGUGAGGUACUUGUUAAGGGUCUUGAAAGUGGCCUUAGAAACGAUGCUCCUGAUGCUUCUAUUGCAAUGCGCCAAAAGUGGCGUCUUUCUGAGAUUGGGCUAGAAGACUAUGCAUUUGUCCUUUUGAGCAGGUUCAUCAACUCAGUUGAAAAUCUGGGAGGAGCUCAAUGGCUUGUGGAAAACGUAGAUCCAAAGAAUGUCAACAAGUGGAAUAAUCCAAUUGCUGGGCUCAUGGUUGGCAUUCACCAACUAGGUUUUUCUGGUUGGAAGUCAGAAGAAUGUGAAGCUAUUGGAAGUGAGCUUUUGUGUUGGAAACAGAGGGGCUUUUUAGAUAUGGAAGGUGAUGAAGAUGGUAGGAAAAUAUGGGCACUAAGACUAAAAGCCACUCUCGACAGAUGUAGGAGGCUGACUGAAGAGUAUUCCGAGGCACUUCUUCAGUUAUUACCUGAGAAAGUCCAGAUCUUAGGAAAAGCUUUGGGGAUUCCUGAAAAUAGCGUGAGAACAUACACAGAAGCUGAAAUUCGUGCUGGAGUGGUUUUUCAGGUUUCAAAGCAGUGUACCCUACUUCUAAAGGCCGUUAGAAGGACGCUCGGGUCACACGGGUGGGAUGUCCUCAUUCCAGGAGAUUCUUAUGGAAAGUUAAUACAGGUGGAUAGAAUAGUCCCGGGUUCACUGCCUUCAUCUGAAACUGGACCUGUCGUUCUUGUUGUCAGCAAGGCUGAUGGGGAUGAAGAGGUAACAGCUGCUGGGAGUAACAUAGCUGGCAUUAUACUUCUGCAAGAGUUGCCUCAUUUAUCUCAUCUUGGCGUUAGGGCCCGACAGGAAAAAGUUGUAUUUGUGACUUGUGAAGAUGAUGAAGAAAUCACUAAUUUACAAGGGUUGAUCGGAAAAUAUGUCAGGCUCGAGGCAUCAUCAACAGGUGUGAAGUUAAACCCCUCUUCACAAGAGAACAGUAGCAGUAUCCAUUCCGUGGAAAAUUCCACUGAAGGCUCCUUGACAAACGUGGCCACAUCAGACAACAGCUCUUCUGCAGUUACUACUUAUUUGACACAGGUUGCAUCUACUGGAGGUGUCGUGCCACUUGCUGAUGCAGAUAUACAAAGUUCGGGGGCAAAGGCUGCUGCCUGUGCUCAUUUGGCCUCUUUGGCAUCGGCUUCUCAAAAAGUUUAUAAUGAUCAAGGGGUGCCAGCAUCAUUUAAUGUGCCUACUGGAGCUGUUAUACCUUUUGGGACUAUGGAGAUGGCUCUAGAACAAAGCAAGUGUAUGGAAACCUUCACGUCUCUUGUGGAACAGAUAGAAACGGCUCAAGUUGAGGGCGGUGAACUUGAUAGACUCUGUAAUGAAAUCCAGGAGUUGAUCACUUCACUAAAGCCUCCAACGAACGUCAUCGAGACCUUAGAAAGUAUGUUUCCUGGCCAAACACGGUUAAUUGUACGCUCGAGUGCUAAUGUUGAGGACCUGGCUGGGAUGUCUGCGGCUGGUCUAUAUGAAUCAAUUCCCAAUGUCAGCCCUUCAAAUCCAAUAGUUUUCGGGCAUUGUAUAAGCCGUGUUUGGGCAUCACUUUACACCCGCAGAGCAGUCUUAAGCCGCAGAGCUGCUGGUGUUCCCCAAAAGGAUGCUGCCAUGGCUGUGUUGGUGCAAGAAAUGCUUUCACCGAAUCUUUCCUUUGUGCUCCACACCCUAAGCCCGACAGACCAUGACCAGAACUCUGUCGAGGCCGAAAUAGCAUCAGGACUAGGCGAAACUCUUGCCUCCGGCACAAGGGGCACUCCCUGGCGCCUUUCCAGCAGUAAAUUUGACGACAAGGUGCAGACACUGGCGUUCGCCAAUUUCAGCGAGGAGAUGAUAGUUCAUGGCACUGGUCCAGCUGAUGGGGAGGUCAUUCGGUUAACUGUGGAUUACAGCAAGAAGCCAUUGACAGUGGACCCGGUUUUCAGGCAUCAACUUGGGCAGCGACUUGGAACUGUUGGUUUCUUCCUAGAGCGCAAAUUCGGGUGCCCUCAAGAUGUCGAAGGAUGUCUGGUCGGAAAAGACAUUUUCAUCGUACAGUCUCGCCCCCAACCGUUGUAAGAAUACCACCUUUCUCUUGUGUUUUUUUUCCUACUAGAAUUUUGCCCUGCUAUUCAUAGAAUAUUUAGUUAUGAUACUUCAACAAUAAUGUAAUGCUGCUGCCUGUUCUUAAUCUUAAUAAUAAAUCACAGUUCAUGUGUAAGU